AUGUCCUUUGUGCUCAGCAUCCGGCAGAGCCCUGCGCGCCUCGCGCAGCGACUCCCCGCGCUGUCCAAGUCGACGCUGCUCGCGACCUCGCGGAGCUUCCACGGGCCGGCGGCCAAGUCGACGGCCAAGCGCUUCACCCCUCGCAUCGCCACCUCGGCGGCGACGCGCAAUGCCUUUGCUCGCGGCGGCGGCGGGCGGCUGUUUCACCAGGAGGUGCCGGGCCAGCAGCAGCAGGCGGCGGCGGGCGGCUCCACGAUGCGCAGGCUGCUGGUCGGAGGCGCCGUCUUCGGCGGCACGCUGGUGGCCAUCAACGCCGUCUUCAACCGCGAGACGAGAGACGACGGCGGCAUGCCCCUCUACGAACGCGAAUACCUCAACAGCACAUUUAUGCACACGGGCCUGGGCAUCGGAAUCAUCGGCUUGACGGCCCGGCAAAUGGUGCAGACGGGCUUCGUGUAUCGCCUCAUGGUGACGAAUCCUUGGGUCGUUGGGCUGGGCGGCCUCGCGCUCAGCUUUGCCACCAUGAUUGGCGCUAGGUCCAUUAGCCCUGACAACUAUAUUCCCAAGUAUGCCAUGUGGGUGGCUUUCAACGCCACGCAGGCCGCCUUCGUCGCCCCUCUGCUUGCCUUUGUGCCUGGCCCUCUGAUUGCCCGUGCCGGUCUCUACACGGUGGCCAUGAUGGGCUCCCUAUCCAUCGUGGGCGCGACGGCUAAGCAGGAGAAGUACCUCUACAUUGGCGGCCCGCUCCUGGCAGGCCUCGCCGUUGUCGCCGCGUCUGGCUUCGCCCCGCUCAUCAUCCCCGCCACGGCCGUCCGCACCCUCGCCCUCACCGAGGGUAUCUGGCUGUACGGCGGCCUGGCCGUGUUUGGAGGCUUCACGCUGUACGACGUGCAAAAGGUGCUCUACCACGCGAGGAUGGCCGAGGCGGGACGGAUGCGGCGCGACCCCGUUAACGAGAGCAUCUCGCUGGAGCUGGACUUUUUGAACAUUUUCGUCCGCUUGGUGCAGAUUUUGUCCAUGAACCAGAAACGGAAGUAA